AUGGACAGUUCCUUGCUCACCAAAAAGCACUUUCAAACAGGACACCUGACACUUUUCUUGGUGGCAUCCAAAUCUGAAAAGUAUUUUGUGCUGGCCUUUACUUUAGAUGUCCUCAACUGUGGAGGGAUGAAAUGGCAACUGGUUCCUCUGGACUGGCCGCGGGAGCGCGCGGCGGGCUGGCGGGAGCGCGCGGCGGGCUGGCGGGAGCGCGCGGCGGGGGGCGGGCGCGGGCGGGAGGCGGCCCGCGCCGCCCUGCACUACCUCAACUCCCAAGCCCGCUCCCCCGCCGCCCUGCGGGCCCUCCGGGAACUGCAGAGAGCCGCGCUGUGGGUUAAUCCAGAAAAGGGACAGAGGAUUGAUGUAGUGUUUACCACAAGUAAAUAUGCCUCAGAGGAAAAUGAAUAUGCGGGUACCUGUUUCGCUACAGUAGUCUUCAGGAAUAACAAACCCAGUCCUGCCGUCAACAUCACUUGCACGCCCGUCAUAGGAGAGGAGGAGAGAGAACUGGAGGCCGUCCAGAUGUACAAGCAACUGAAGGAACUGGCCAAACCUACCAAAGGAACCAAAAUACCUGAUAACUAUGGAUUUAUCGAACCUUCUCUGAAGCCCAUGUGGUACUUGGCAGUUGUCGGUGGCUCUUAUGUGAUGUGGCAAAAGACCUCGCUGUCCUUAUAUUAUUAUAUGUUGCAGCUCACAGAUGUGAAGCAGUGGGUAACCGACGACGACGCAAUUCAGUUUGGCUACACUGCCUUACUUCACGAAUUCUCCACACAGGAAAUUAUCCCCUGUCAGAUAAAUCUGAUCUGGUACCCCGGCAAAAUCCUAAAAGUGAAAUACCACUGUCAAAACCACGAGACCCAGUUGGAGUCAUCCGGAAACGAAGGGUCGGCGACGGGGACCGAAGAAGUCUUUAGCAAUUUCUGAGAAGACAAAUAUUCCUCUUCAUUUAGUUCGAAUUCCAGAUAUAGCGACUCUUCUUAAUAGCUUACAACAGUAUCAUGAUAAUUCAGCUACACUUAAUCAAGGCCUAGUGAUUCGGGGGUGGGAGGCUGGCAACUCGGCCACUGAGAAGGAAACACUUGGAAAGAGUGAGCCCGCUGUUGGGUAGGGACCGUCUCCAUAUGUUGCCAACUUGUACUUCCCAAGCGCUUAGUACAGUGCUCUGCACACAGUAAGCGCUCAAUAAAUACGAUUGAAUGAAUGAAUGAAAGAGAAAAGCCAUUUGCUACCUGUAGUCGCAGCGGCCCGAUUCCAGGAAGUCACUGGCGUACCGAACUCGGGAACCACGUGGCCACCGGUAAAUUCGGGCUGGUGGGUUAAAAGCCCUAAAAUGUUGCCAACUUGUAGUUCCCAAGCGCUUAGUACAGUGCUCUGCACACAGUAAGCGCUCAAUAAAUGAUUGAUUGAUUGAUUAAAAUGCUAAGCACAAAGUCGGACCAAAUUAGCUGCGUUUCUUGUUCUAUAUUUGUAUCCAGUGCUUUCAAGUUAGAGCUAUUUUAUCGCACUACGUUGCUUUUUACCUGAGGUUUCCUCAUUUGUGAAUAAAGCUAAUAUAUUUGGAUAAAAGAAAAUCUAUAGACGUUACCAAGUUUUUUUCACUUUGAAUACCUAGUGUCAAUUAUUAACCUGAUAAAUGCAGUAAAAUAUGAUUACAUUUCUGAUCCAUGUACUUCCCAAGUGCUUAGUACAGUGCUCUGCACACAGUAAGUGCUCAAUAAAUAUUGAAUGAAUGAA